AUGACUAGUCAUGGUAUUCCCCGCCAACGCUCCGUAGAAGAGCGAUCCCAAGAAGCCCGUCAGCAAGAGAUUUGCAAGAUCGAAAAAUAUCAGGAGCUGGACCGGUUAGUCCAUGAAAAGAUUGAUCAGCACCAGUAUACACCAGAAACCCUUCAAAACAUCUCCGAAUUGCUGAGCAGCAACCCUGAGUAUUAUAGCGUAUGGAACUAUCGACGCCAAGUUCUGCGACAUGAAUUCUCGCAAGCAGCAUCACCUGGCUCAGAAAACGCUGGCGUUGAUCGAAUAGCGGAUCUCAUUAAGAGCGAUUUGCUGUUUCUGAUCCCCCUUCUUCGCAGUUUUCCCAAGUGUUAUUGGAUCUGGAACUAUCGUUUAUGGCUACUGGAUGAAGCCAAGCGUCUUCUCCCUCUCCCGCUCGCACGGAGGUUAUGGCAAGAAGAGUUGGCGCUUGUUGGUAAGAUGCUGAACCUAGACAGCAGAAAUUUUCACGGUUGGGGGUAUAGGCGCUUCGUGGUCGAAACAUUGGAGACGCUGCCCUCAGAUGGAACGACAAAGAAGACCAUGGUGUCAGAGGAAUUUGAAUACGCAAAGAAGAUGAUAAGUACUAAUCUCUCUAACUUUUCGGCAUGGCACUAUCGGACGAAGCUGAUCCAACGGCUUCUGAAUGAGAACUCUGCCAAUGAAGAGGAGCGGAAAAAGAUGCUCAACGAUGAGUUGGACCUAAUUCAUCGCGCUUUAUGCGACCCAUACGACCAGUCUCUUUGGUUCUAUCACCAGAACCUAAUGUGUACUUUUGAUCCGUCGCUAGCGGGAUCGACCAUGGCGCCCAACUUAAGCAACUCGGAGCGACUAGAAUAUGUGCAGCGGGAGAUCGACGAAAUCCAAGAGCUGUCAGACGGAGCGGAGGACUGCAAAUACAUUUACCAGGCGUUGAUUGAUUGUACCCUACUGGUAUGCAAGAUCCAAGGGACUUUGCCUAGUGGAGAGCAAAAGAAGGAUAUUCUGAGCUGGCUCUCGGAACUGAAAAAGUUGGAUCCACUACGGCAAGGACGAUGGCUGGAUUUCGAAAAGUCACUGGAGGAAGAGACCAGCAAAGGCACUUAA